AUGGCAGCAACUACUCAGGUUUCCAGCUUGCUGGACCUGGUGAUAAGUUUGCUGGACACGGCAAUCACCUAUCAAAGCCAAGAAAGUGUCAAAAACGAAGUGGCUGAAUCGUUGAAAACCAUCGGAGCUCAUCAGCCGAAUGUAUUGCUUACAGCAUGUCAUCAGUACUUAUUACAGAAUCCGAAACUUGGAACAUUCAAAAGGGCAUUUGUCCUUCAAUCAAUUUCCAUAUGCGUAGAUAACACAGAAGUGCUACCAAAGUUGGAUGAGCAACUCGUUAUGCUAAUUAUAAAUUUAGCAACCCAAGAGAUGAAUAUGACCAAGGAUACGGACGUAGAAUGGGCUGAGUCGGCGAUGGAAGUUCUGGUCACACUGGCUAAAAAUCAACGAUUUGUAUGCCAUGUUAUUGAUGCAAUUCUACAGAAGUUUCCACCUGGCCAGACGACAAGUCCUCAUCGGUACAUCGUUCUGACUAUGGCAACCAUUGCAAAUCAUAAUCCAUUUGGAUUGGUUCCAUUCCUCACCGAUAUUUUGUCACGAACAGUUCCUCUUCUUCAACAUGUAAAAACUGAUCCUUUGAGAUGUGCCUGGGCUCGCGCGAUUUGCUCGUUCUGUGAAGCCGUACGAGAAUGCGAAACGGAAAGGCCGAAGGAAGCUUCCGAAGAAUUCAAUGGAGAACAUUCACGACCAAACUCCGCAUUCGGACAUUGUCAAGAAGUCUCCAAUCGAGCCACAUAUUCAGAUCAAACAGAAGCUGUUUAUGAUGUUGUUUUUGGUUGGAUUUAUAGCAAAGAUCCGAAGACUCGCGGCGAAGCAGCAGAAUGCGUCGGAGAGCUCUGCUUGAUGAUCAAACAAACUAGACUAGUUGAAGACGUCAAGAAGAUUGUAACAAAUAUGCUCCCUCUCUAUCGAAAAUCCUAUAACGAAUCUCACAUGAUCACCCAAGGAAUAUGCCGGUUUCUUGAAGCCGCUUGCGUAGACGAAGUAUGUCCUCUGGAGCCGUAUUUGGAGGAUAUUCUGAACGCAUUAUUUCCGAAUGCAUGUCUUGACCCGGACGAUACUACAGUAACCCUUGGAACACAGGCAAUCAAAAAUCAUUCAGAAGCGUUCCGUUGUUUUGAUGUAGCUGCCACGAGGUUUGCAGACAGGAUUGUGUAUUACCUUUUGCACAAAAUGCAAAAUGUUGCUGAUUCUCAAAAACUAGGAGCUAUAAACGUUUUGAGACAUCUUUUGAAUGCUACUGGACAACACAUGGAAGACAAAAGGUCGUUACUGACAAUGGGAUUGAAGAAACUUUUGGCUGCGGAAAACACUACAAGUAUUCGAGUAAGUUUCUUUGCAUUUAUUACUAUCAUACUGAUCACCAUCAAGUCUCAGGUCAAAAGAGCUAUAGUCCAACUUUGUGUUGCGCUUGCUGAUCAUUCUUACGUUGAUGCAGAAGGAGGUGAUUAUGUUAUCGCUUUCCUCGUCAGGAAUCUUGUUGGCCCAACUGAACAGGAAGCUGCUGCCAAGAAAAUUGAAAUCGAUGUGGCUGGAUUGAACCAACUAAGAACUCAAUGUGCUCAAGCUCUAUAUACAAUCGCUAACACAUGUGUUUGUGCUACGAAGCUUUUAUGGCCAUACCUCCUAGAGUUCUUAUGUUGUGAACGGUACACACCAGUUGUAGGAGAUCUUUGCAAGUGUCUGCGAACAUUGGUUAACCGGGAAGCCGAAGCUGGACGCAAGAUGGAUUACACUACAGGAUUCGAUAAUCCUAAAGUUGCUGGACGUCAUGCAGUCCUUGCUCGUUUGUUCACUUCUUUUUGUAAUGCCCCACUUAAUGGACUGCUGACGAGAAGAGCAAGAGAAGUUGGUGGUUUGAUAGAGGCAAUUGCUCCAUGGUUUCAUUCUUCAAUGGAAGGCCCUGCAUCUAGAUGGAGCGCUAAACUUGAACCACUCCUGGAUGAGCUAUCCAUAACGGCAGUAUCAUCUGGAGACUCCGCUCCUGCAGAGCUUCGAGGCAGAAAGAUCGCAAGAUGGCAUGAAGCUUGUCUUGACUGGUUAUCUGUGUUUGUUUCUUCGGUCCCUGAAGGUGAUUGGAGACAAGAUUUGGCAGCAGCCAUGGGAAAACAAUUGGAUAUGUACAAGGACCUGAGUGAUGAGAAAUCGUUCCUCUUCAGAUGCAUAGGUGUGACUCUUUCCAAAAUUACUGCCAAGCAAUUUGUCAUUGAUCAUAUGAUGAUGAUGUUCAAAAACGCUUCGCAUUCAAUUUUGUCAGAAAGACAGGGAUGUGCUCGGGCCGUUGGUUCUAUUUCUUCAUCUCAUAUGGAUUUGGUACUAGUUGAGCUUGAGAACGUGAGCAAGUGGGAGCAUGCACGGAAGAGCAGUGGAAUUUUCGGAUUUAUCAAAGACACCAUGCCAAUUCGACAGUAUCCUGACAUUGAGAUGAUCAACCUGCGUGCAACUCUAAUGCUUUGCUAUGGACAUGUUGUGAUGGCGUGCAGCCUGGAUACUGUAACCCAACGACUUCAGAAUACGAUUAUGGUGUUUCUCCGAAACUACUUUGCCAACUCGAAGCAAGAGACAGUGGUUAGAGAAGCGAUGCUCGAGACAAUGCGGUUGAUUGCAACAGCAGUACAUCCAUCAAGAAUCGGAGGAGAAUGGAAAUUCGACGCUAGAAAUGAGUUGUUGGCGUACGCGAAGGAUUAUUUGAAUGGGGAAACUCCAGAAUGGCUGACCAGUUCGUUGCGACUCCUGACAUGCAAAGCUACAGCCGCUUUAGUUCAAUUGGAACCACCACUUUCUGCCACUGAUAUUGAAGAUAUCGGUAACGUGCUCAGCAGGCAGAUUCUUCCAAUGCAACGAGAAAAGAGUGGUUUGAAAACACUCGCUUUCGAUAUUUUUGACUACGCGUCGUCAUCGGUUCUCUCAACAUUCAGUGGUGGACACAAUAACAAUAUUCAUACCGGACCGCCAUUAACUACGAAUUCGGUUGCAGAAGGUCCGAACGGAACAACUAUUCAUCACAAACAUCGAGGAGUAAACGGAAAGGUCCUGAAGAGAUCCUGGCUAAUAGAGUGUUAUUAUAACAUCCGACUAAAAGUCUCAGUUUCCAUGGAAGAUGAUGAGUCAGCUACUAUCAUGGAUGCAACGAUGCAUCAGUAUGGCUUGGCGUUGGAACAGAUUGUUAGAAUGGCUCCCACGACGCAAACCGUUAUGAUCCUUCUGAAAAUAUUGCUUCCAUACUAUGGGAAACAAGCAGAUCACGAGCGAAUUCGAGCGGUAGACAUGACAGUUCUGGUUCUUCGUGUCUACUAUGAAUGUGCUGAAGACAUAUCCCUGGGUCAUGCAUCGGACUUCGAGCCACUCAGCUCUCUACUAGGACGGUUGGCACCUCGUCUGGUGGACCUUCUCGCUCAUGUUCGUCUUCAAGCAUUAUCAGCUAUCCAUUGGGCACUCCGACUCGCAUACAUGCACAAAGGACAUGGACGUGAUGCAGAUCAAAGUUUGUUCUCCUACUCGAACUUUGUGGAGAAGUAUCUCACAAGUGGCGAUGUGAAGUUGGAUGGACAGAAAGAAAAAUUGGCGAUUGAGGCGAUUGCUCAAAUUAUAGAGUACCGACUUCCCCAAUCUCAAAUGCAAAUUUAUCUAUCAGCGAUAUUCGAAAUGCUUACUGAUCGACAAAGCCACGUCAGUUCAGCUGCUGCUCAGUUGCUGACUUAUGCUGUUAUGGCUAGAGGAUCGACACUGAGUUCAGAAGCAGAGAUCCUUGUUACCAAGAUGGUGGAAAAACUCGCCGAUAUUCAUCAUUGUGUUCAAACAAAUACCGAUGUUCUUGCUGCACUUGUUGCAUUUGCAGUUCAUCAGCAACAAGCUGUAUGUGAUGUAUUAUUCAAACAACCACUUCCAUAUUCUAUAAAUAUUACUGACGCAUGGGAAUGUUUGUCUCGAGAUAAGCUCCUCUUCGCAGGGAUUCUUGAUCAUCUAACAGAAUUACUCGGAGCCAGUCUGGAUCAACCGUUCGAAAUUAUGGAUUCUGGCGGCGGUGUAUCUGCUAAAGUUGUCAAUGUGGAGCCGUGUACUUACGUUGCAGUUUUAGCUGAAGUCGUCAAAAAUGGAGAGCCCGAAUCAGCUCUAAUGGAGCGCGUUCCAAUCAUUCUGACCCUUCUGAUCCAUUUCAUUUGCUCUGUAUCAGAUACCCAGUUCCCUGUUAUGCAAAAAGAAAGCAAAGAUGGCGUCAAGUCUCCAUUGAUUAUUACUCCGGAUCUGCGCAGAAGUGCCGAGAAGCCUGCUGGGAUGGCAGUGGCAGCAAUCAAAAAUUUGCUGAAUCGUACCCGAUCAAACAUGGUAAUCGAGGACAUGAAUCAAGCAAGAGCUUGGAGUGACUGUUUGGACAAGGAAGCCUUCAUUCAUGCGAUUGGGGUUCUCAUAAGAUCUCUUAUUGACCAGCGCCCUGCUUGGGUCCCGUCACUUGCAAAAACCAUGGAAGAGUUUGCAAACAGUGAGAGUGAACCAAGAAGACUUGCUGCUGUAAUAAUUGCAUCUUCUUUAAUACGGAAAAGCACCAAUGAAUCCGGAGAGUUCAAUGAACAACUUCUCGUCAAGUGCAUACGUCGUCUUGAAGAUUCACUAACUGAUCCAAGUCUUCGAAUUCGAAAACUCUGCGUGAAAGGUCUGGGGGAGCUUUCUGAGUGCUCAUCAUCUGACGUUAUAUCCCGGUUCGUUCACAUGGCUGUUGAAGCUGCGAUGUCAGGUUUGGACGAUCAUGGCGACAGGAAGGAUACUGUAGCUAUCGAAUCAAUACUCGCUCUAAACAAAUUGGUUCAACUGACGAACAACGAUCAGUUGAAGUCUAUACUCCCUAUUGUUCUACUCAAGGUUCGACCAUGCUUCGAAAAAGAUUCCUACGAACUUCGAGCAGCGUCCUUCAGUCUUUUUGGAGAGCUUGGAGCAAGAGUUGGAGAGAAUAGUGAGGAGUUCCGAGGACAUCUUCAUACCAAUAUCGUGUCACUUCUUCUUCAUCUCAACGACGAUUACGAGGAAGUUCGUCAGAAAUGUGCUGUUUCUAUAUAUCGCCUCCACGAACUUCUUACGUCGCCGAAUGCUUCAAUUUGUAUAGAACGGGAGAUGAAAGACGGAAAACAGCCGUACAAUUACAACUCAUUCAUCAAAGACUUUGCCGCUAUUCUGGCAAACUCCUUCCCUGAUCGAGUCAAUCAAUACGCUUUGGCAACAUCCAACUAUUUCAAAAGUUCCAGUGCUCGCAUCCGAUGCAAUGCUGCACAUCUCACCGGUUGUCUUUUGGAUGGUCUCACUGCUCAAUUGAGAGCCACAAUUAGUCGAGAACUAGUCUUCACUGGGCUAGUUGCUCUUCUCAAGGAUUCGGAAGAUGUUAAUGUUCGCAUUGCUGCAACCAGAGCUAUUGCAAACUUGCACGAUUUUCACUAA